GCCUAUAUAGAUUCAAAUUGCUGCAGUUCCCAGUUUGCUAUGGUCUGAUGCUCCGCACAGUUACAGAAUGCUGCACAUAGUGGAUCAUCUGCUGGGCGCUUUAAGAUUGGAGCCCACAUCUUUCAGAAUAUAUGCAGUCCGUGCUCUGCUGCUCGUCUUUGCUGUUCUCAUUAUUCGUGUGUGCAUGAAAGUGUUUCUUUUACUAUGGGCAUAUGCAAUCAAUGUCAAAAGACUCAGUUGCUUCCCAGAACCUCCAAAGCGCAGCUGGCUUCUAGGACACUUAGGAAUGAUUUUAAAUGAUGAAGAGGGAUUAAAGAAAAUCAACAAUCUAGUCAUGACAUUUACCCACACUAUAAAGUUUUGGAAUGGACCUGCAGUCCCUAUGAUAUCACUCAUACACCCGGACACAAUCAAACCCUUGGUUACAACUUCAGCCGCCAUUGCAGCUAAAGAUGAUUUAUUCUAUGGCUUUCUAAAACCCUGGUUGGGAGAUGGACUUUUGCUCAGCCGGGGGGAGAAAUGGAGCCAGCACCGUCGUCUCUUGACACCAGCAUUUCAUUUUGAUAUCUUAAAACAUUAUGUUAAGAUCUUCAAUCAGAGCACAGAUAUAAUGCACGCUAAAUGGCACAGGUUAUGUGGAGAAGGCCUAGUGCCUUUGGAUAUGUUUGAACACAUCAGUCUAAUGACCUUGGACACCCUUUUGAAAUGCACAUUCAGCUAUGACAGUGAAUGCCAAGAAAAGUCAAGUGAUUAUAUUGCUGCCAUUUAUGAGCUCAGCGCCUUGGUGGUACAACGUGAACACUUCCUCCCCCAUCACUUUGAUUUCAUCUACCGACUUUCCUCCAAUGGAAGGAAAUUCCAGCGGGCAUGCAAUAUUGUACAUGAGUUCACCACAGGGGUAGUGCAACAGCGGAAGAAGGCAUUGCAGGAGAAGGGGACUGAGAAAGGGAUCAAGUCCAAGCAAGAGAAGACAAAGGAUUUUAUUGAUAUUCUAUUACUGUCAAAGGAUGAACAUGGAAACCAGUUGUCCGAUGAAGAGCUGAGAGAUGAAGUUGAUACAUUUAUGUUUGAAGGACAUGACACCACAGCCAGUGGGAUCUCCUGGCUCUUAUAUAACUUGGCUCGCCACCCUGAAUAUCAAGAGAAAUGCAGAGAGGAGAUUAGAGAGAUAAUAACGGGAGACCAUACAGCACACUUGGAAUGGGAUGACUUGUCCCUGCUCCCAUUUACCACCAUGUGUAUUAAGGAGAGCCUGCGACUACAUCCCCCUGUAACAACAGUGUCUAGAUGCUGUUCUGCAGAUAUCACAUUGCAUGAUGGGAAGGUCAUUCCUAAAGGAAACACCUGUUUGAUAAGUAUUUAUGGCACCCACCACAAUCCUGUUGUUUGGCCAAACCCUGAGGUGUAUGAUCCAUAUCGCUUUGAUCCAGACAAUAUACAGGAAAGGUCUUCCCAUGCUUUUGUACCUUUCUCAGCUGGACCCAGGAAUUGUAUUGGACAAAACUUUGCCAUGGCUGAGAUAAAGGUGGUGCUGGCUCUCACUCUUCUCAAGUUCAAAGUGAGCUUGGAUGAAAGCAAAGUUGUGCGCAGGAAGCCUGAGCUAAUCCUACGAGCAGAGGGCGGUCUGUGGCUGCAGGUGGAGCCACUUAAACCGUAGUGUUACAUCAGUGUUGGGACGUCCUACAUUCAGUAAAAUCUCAAACCGUGACAUAAAUGUUUGUUAUAAUUGUAUGUAAAAUCAUGUAACAAAAUUAAAGGCACUA